AUGAAGGACGAUGAAGGUGAUGAUAGGAAAAUCAACGACGAUAAAUUUGUUCAAGAUAUCAAACUUUGGGGAGUUUUCCUCUUCGGAUUAAUCGGCGCCACCGCCACCACCUUCGCCCUGUCCAGGUCGUUGAAAGGAGGGAGUGUCGGUUCUUUUCGAACGGCUUUUCAAGAAGAAGCGUGGAAGAGGUACAAUAAGCGACUGCAAGAGGAGUACGAGGAAGAGAUGGAGAGAGUGGAAAGAAUAAGGCGUAUGCAAGAAGUGUUUAAUAGAGAAAGGAAUAAGUAUAGACGAAAUCCUGAGAACUGGAAGGAAAAUGGUUCUGGUACAUAUCAUCAGAGUUUCCCAAGAGAUGAUUGGUAUUGGAAGGCUGAACAAACCUUCAGAGACCAGUGGAAAAAUUACCCAAGGGAAAAUGGAAGCAAUUAUUCAUUAUUAUCACACCACUACUCAGUUUUGGGUCUCGACAGGUCUAGAACGACACCAUAUACAGAUGCUGAAGUUAAGACAGCAUUUAGGACCAAGGCAAAGCAGUAUCAUCCUGACCAGAACCAAGAGAAUAGAGUGGCUGCUGAGGCUAAGUUCAAAGAAGUAAUGAGUUCAUAUGAGGCCAUACAACAAGAGAGAAAGAAUCAUAGUUUGUAA